GGAUCAAAGGGCUCAGGGGCUACAAUGUUGUCAAGACUCUUCAGAAUGCACGGCCUCUUUGUGGCAUCCCAUCCUUGGGAAGUCAUAGUGGGGACCGUGACUCUUACCAUCUGUAUGAUGUCCAUGAACAUGUUUACUGGUAAUGACAAAAUCUGCGGCUGGAAUUAUGAAUGUCCAAAGUUUGAAGAAGAUGUUUUAAGCAGUGAUAUUAUCAUUUUGACAAUCACACGAUGCAUAGCAAUCCUUUAUAUUUACUUCCAGUUCCAGAAUCUAAGGCAGCUUGGAUCAAAAUAUAUUUUGGGCAUUGCCGGCCUUUUCACCAUCUUCUCAAGCUUCGUCUUUAGUACAGUUGUUAUUCAUUUCUUAGAUAAAGAGCUGACUGGCUUGAAUGAAGCUUUGCCCUUUUUUCUGCUCUUGAUUGACCUUUCCCGAGCCAGUGCUUUAGCAAAGUUUGCCCUCAGUUCAAAUUCACAGGAUGAAGUAAGAGAAAACAUUGCCCGCGGAAUGGCAAUCUUAGGCCCAACUUUCACACUUGAUGCCCUAGUUGAAUGUCUUGUAAUUGGUGUUGGCACCAUGUCAGGUGUUCGACAACUUGAAAUUAUGUGCUGCUUUGGUUGCAUGUCAGUCCUUGCCAACUAUUUUGUGUUCAUGACAUUCUUUCCAGCUUGUGUGUCCUUGGUACUAGAGCUUUCUCGAGAAAGUCGUGAAGGUCGUCCAAUAUGGCAACUCAGUCACUUUGCCCGUGUUUUAGAAGAAGAAGAAAAUAAGCCAAAUCCUGUAACUCAGCGGGUCAAGAUGAUUAUGUCUUUAGGCUUGGUGCUUGUUCAUGCUCAUAGUCGUUGGAUAGCUGAUCCAUCAUCUCAGAACAGUACGGCUGAGAAUUCAAAGGUUGCUUUAGGACUUGAUGAAAAUGUGUCCAAAAGAAUUGAACCUAAUGUUUCUCUCUGGCAAUUUUAUCUUUCCAAAAUGAUCAGUAUGGACAUUGAACAGAUGAUCACCCUUAGUUUAGCUCUCCUCCUGGCUGUCAAAUACAUCUUCUUUGAACAAGCAGAAACAGAAUCCACACUCUCGUUAAAAAAUCCCAUCACAUCUCCUGUGAUGAUUCAGAAGAAGACUCCAGACACAUGCUGUAGACGGGAACCCGUGUUGGCCAGAAAUAGCCAAAAAUUCAGUGAAAUGGAAGAGGAAUCUGGAUGUAACAAGGAGAGAAAAGCUGAGGUUAUAAAGCCUUUAUUGGCAGAAACCGAACCAUCAAACAAAGUUGCAUUUGUUGUGGGUAACAAUUCCCUGCUUCAAACAUCAGCAAACACUGAAGCCGAAAUUGAACUACCCACUGAGCCACGUCCAAAUGAAGAAUGUCUCCAGAUACUUGAAAAUGCAGAGAAAGGUGCAAAAUUCCUCAGUGAUGCUGAGAUCAUCAGAUUAGUCAAUGCUAAGCAUAUUCCAGCUUACAAAUUGGAAACUCUGAUGGAAACACAUGAACGAGGUGUAUCUAUUCGCCGACAAAUGCUGUCAAAGAAGCUUCCUGAACCCUCUUCGUUGGAGUAUUUACCGUAUAGGGAUUACAAUUACUCUUUGGUGAUGGGAGCUUGCUGUGAGAAUGUUAUUGGAUACAUGCCUGUCCCUGUUGGAGUAGCAGGGCCCCUCCAUCUGGAUGGUAAAGAAUUCCAGGUCCCAAUGGCCACAACGGAAGGCUGUCUUGUUGCCAGUACCAAUAGGGGUUGUAGAGCAAUAUGUCUUGGUGGAGGUGCAAGUAGCUGUGUUCUAGCAGAUGGAAUGACUCGAGGUCCUGUAGUAAGGUUUCCCAGUGCAUGUGACUCUGCAAAUAUGAAGACCUGGCUUGAAAGUCCUGAAAGCUUUAAAAUAAUAAAGGAAGCAUUUGACAGUACCAGCAGAUUUGCACGUCUCCAGAAAGUUCACAUUAGUCUGGCUGGUCGCAAUGCCUAUAUCCGUUUCCAGUCCAGGACAGGUGAUGCCAUGGGGAUGAACAUGAUUUCAAAGGGAACAGAGAAUGCACUUGCAAAACUACGUGAAUUUUUUCCUGAAAUGCAAAUUCUAGCUGUUAGUGGUAACUACUGUACAGACAAAAAACCUGCUGCUAUAAAUUGGAUAGAGGGAAGAGGGAAGUCUGUUGUUUGUGAAGCUGUCAUUCCAGCAAAGGUUGUCAGAGAAGUUUUAAAAACUACCACAGAAGCUUUGGUUGAAGUUAACAUAAACAAGAAUUUGGUGGGCUCAGCCAUGGCUGGUAGCAUAGGAGGCUAUAAUGCACAUGCAGCCAAUAUCGUAACUGCCAUCUUCAUUGCGUGUGGGCAGGAUGCAGCACAGAAUGUGGGCAGCUCUAAUUGCAUCACUCUUAUGGAAGCUACUGGACCCUUAAAUGAAGAUCUGUAUAUCAGUUGUACUAUGCCUUCCAUAGAAAUAGGAACUGUUGGUGGAGGAACCAACCUGCGACCACAGCAGGCCUGUUUGCAGAUGCUAGGUGUUCAAGGAGCAUGCAAAGACAACCCUGGUGAAAAUGCCCGUCAGCUUGCGAAAAUAGUGUGUGGUACAGUUAUGGCCGGGGAGUUAUCACUGAUGGCUGCAUUGGCAGCAGGACAUCUAGUCAAAAGCCACAUGAUCCACAACAGGUCAAAAAUAAAUCUUCAAGAUCUCCAAGGAAUCUGCACCAAGAAGGUAGCUUGAGUGUUGCUGAAGUUCUGAACUCAAGCACUCUCAUGAGAAUGGGAUCUUAAGGACUAAUGUAGAAAAUCUGUGAAUUAAAAAAACAACACUUCAGUGCAAUGUCUUGUCAAGAGGACAGCGAGACAUGUUCAGGGAGGCAACUGGCUUCAGUGGUUCAAGAUUACUUCUCUAAGAAGAGUUUCUUUUCCACAUCUGACAACAGUUUAGUGUUCUGCAUACUUGUGUUUGACCGAAAGAUAUCAUCUUGGGUAUUAAAGCAUCAAAGUGCCACAGCUAGUAAAUAC